AUGGUGAGGUAUCUCAGGGGUGAAUAUAAUGUGAAAUUUCCUACUUGCCCCGGCUUUACUCCAUAUACUCCUAUUCAUGAUGAAGAAGAAGAUGAUGAUGAUGAUGCGGAGGAUGAGGAAGACUCUUCUGGUGUUGGACAUGCAUAUUCUUUAGGUCCCACAGUAGCUGUGCUUGCUGAAAUGUUUCAAAAGUUUCUUCCCACACAACCACAUGCCAUGUCCGCCUCCUCAAAUAUAGGUUUGCCUUCUUCUAGUUCAUCAGUUAUAUCAUCUUCCAUUUGGAUUCUUGACUCUGGAGCCUCUCAUCAUAUGUCAUCUAACUUUACAUCAUUUGUAUCAUUACAUCCUGCAUCAUCUGUAUCUGUUAUGACUGCUGAUGACACUCCUAUGCCAUUAGCAGGCAUUGGAUCUGAUCCGCAAUCCAAGAGGCUAAUUGGGACAGGCCGUAGACAAGGUGGACUUUAUAUUCUGGAUGAGCUGAGAGUUCCAGAUAUUGCAGCUUCCAGUGUUGACCUAUCAUCUUUUCGUUUGAGUUCAUCUUCUUCUAAAUUUUAUUUAUGGCACUCUCGCCUUGGACAUGUUUCCUCUUCUCGUCUAAAAUACCUAGUUUCUACAGGCGCUUUGGGCGAGUUAAAAACUAGUGAUAUUUCUGACUGUUGUGAUUGUAAACUUGCUAAAUUUUCUGCUUUACCCUUUCCUAAAAGUGUUUCACUUUCUGUUGCACCUUUUGACUUGGUUCAUUCAGAUGUAUGGGGUCCAUCACCUGUUGUUACAAAAGUAUGUUUCGUGCAUUUGUCAAAACUCAACAUAAUGUUGUUAUUAAAUGUUUUCGAUGUGACCUGGGAGGUGAAUAUACCUCUACUAAAUUCUCUGAAUUACUUGCAUGUGAUGGGACUUUCCUUCAAACUUCUUGUACUGACACUCCUGAACAAAAGGGAGCUGCUGAAAGGAAACAUCGUCACAUUGUUGAAACAGCUCGUUCCCUUCUUUUGUGAUAGAAAAGGCGCUUUGGAAGCUAUUCUUACUGCAGCUUAUAUUAUUAACAGAAUUCCAUCUUCUGUUACUUCAGGUUUGUCUCCCUUUCAAAAAUUAUAUGGUCAUGCUCCUGAUUAUUCUGCUUUAACUUGCUUUGUUCUUCUUCCUCAUGUACAACGUAAUAAAUUGUCUUCACGCUCGGCAAUCUGUGUAUUUAUUGGUUAUGGUGACGGUCAAAAAGGGUAUUGUUGUUAUGAUCCUGACACUCAAAAACUUUUUGUCUCACGACAUGUUGUAUUUUUUGAGCAUAUACCAUAUUACUCCAUUCCUCCUUCUUCUCAUAGUUUUACAAAGUCUGAUCCUAUCCCAAUUGAUCCUUUUCACACCGACACAGAUAUUGAACCUCAUCAUGUGAUUCAUCAUCCAAAUCAUCUUGAUAUUGAGCUUGUAUCCUCCUCUUCCUCGAAAGCUAUGGCAGAAGAACUUUAUGCUUUGCAAAAGACAGAUACGUGGGACCUUAUCUCUCUUCCUCCAGGAAAACGUGCAAUUGGUUCUCGUUGGGUGUAUAAAAUCAAAACUAAGUCUGAUGGGUUUGUUGAGCGAUAUAAAGCUCGUUUGGUUGCUAAGGGACUUUCUCAACAAUAUGGUCUAGAUUAUGAAGAAACAUUUGCUCUUGUUGCCAAAAUGACUAAUAUUCGUUCUCUUAUUGCAGUUGCUUCUAUUCAUCAUUUUCAGCAUGGCAUCAUCACCUUAUCCUAUAUUUCUUCCUCCAUGCAACUUGCUGACGUGUUUACAAAAUCGCAUUCCACUCAACAUUUUUGUUUUUUGAUUAGCAAACUCUCGAUGAUUCUCCUUGAUGCAUCGUGA